AUGCUUAGAGCAUUAGGGCUGCUGGGUCAAUGUGAAUACGAAUAUAGGAGGUAUCAUCUAGAUCUCCUCAUUGAACUCUUGCUACAUCAAAGCUCACAACCCCAACUGGAAUCGGAAUCAGACGAAGAAGGGUCAUCAGUGACCAAUUCGAUACCUACUUCAUCUUCAAGUUCAAGCCGUGUCUCGCCGAUCUCGACAUACGGUGAUAUAGAGGAAUCGAAAGCUAUACAUAACAAAUCACCGUAUUUCAGUAAAGCGGACAAUAUGAUCACUAGGAGUCAGAGACACCCACCGACUGGCUCACAGCGGAUUCUCACUCCUCCUUCUACACCAAUUAUCUCAACUCGAUCUAACAAACGCAAAGGAAAGGGAAAAGUAACGGAUACAAUUGGAAGAAAGGACAAUGAAGAUGGGGUUAGACCACCUACACCGGAUAGUAUACCCAGUAAGAAGCGUAAGAGAGCACAGAAGGAAGUGAGGGUGGAGAUCCCUUCAAGAGUGGAGGUGGAGCUAAAGACAUCGAAGCGAAAGAAGAAGAAUAAGAAAGAGAAAGAUGAGACGGACUUGAAAGGUACUGCCAAAUUAGAUAAUGUGAAGAAUACGGCGGAGGAGGUGGUAGUUGAGUCUGAAAGAGGGGUGGUAGAGCAUAUUGGGAAAAUUCAUCUGAUACAAGAGAAACUACGAUACAACCCUUGGAAGAUGUUAAUCGCUACAUCGCUAUUAAACAAAACUUCCGGUCGGGCUGUUAAACCCAUCCUCGAAGAAUUGCUGGGAAGGCAUCCCACCCCGCAGGGCCUGGCUGAAGCUUCCAUUCCCGAUUUAGCUCAACUACUCUACCCCUUGGGACUAUACAAUCAACGUGCCUCAUCGCUUGUAAGGUUCUCAAGACAAUACCUUGAUUUGGGAUGGCCAUUAUUUCCUACCACCUCCACACCGAUAUAUACAGAGGAUAUACCGCCGUUGAACAAAAGUAAUACCAAAAUAGGACGAGAUACCAAGUUGAUUGAUAAUUCAGAUUUAGACCUGGAUGUAAAAGUGUUUCAUGGAUCGGGGAUAUACGCUUCAGAUAGUUUCCGUAUAUUCAGUCAAUUCCAUUGUGGACAGGGUGCUCCAUCACAAGAAUCUAAAUGGUUGGGUAAAGUCGAGAGAGCAAAGGAUAGGAUGAGGAACGAAGGAGGAUGGAAUGGGAGUGUGGAUAUGUUGAGUGAUUAUUUAAGUGAUGAAGAUGACGAUGAGAAUGAGCCAGAGGAAGAAGAAUGGAGAAAAGUGAUACCACUUGAUAAAGAAUUGAGGAGAUACCUUAUUUGGAGAUGGGGUAUAGAAGGUAUAGUCUACGAUAUACAUUCCGGACCUAGGAUUGUCAAACAAAGAGAUAAGCGGAGACUGGAAUAUCUAUUGAAGGAGAACGACCUGGAAGAUUCUUGA